UUUCGUUGAUCGUCGCCCACUCCGCGUAACAAUUGUUCGUUAGAGUGUGCUCGGCUUGUUUACUUGAAAAUCUAGUAAACAACAUAAUCAAAUAUCAUGCAAACAUCCUGGAGGCUGGACGGCCAGAAACGGAAGCACGUAUGGCAGGUGACGCUUCUGAGCCGCGGACUCGGAGCGUCCGAGAAAUGCUUCGGUUUCAAGAUUCCGGACGGCUCCAUCUACAGACUCUGUCUGACCGAUCAGACCCUGAGUCUGAUCAGGAUGGACGACGAGACGCUCGAGAUGACGCUCACCCUGAACAGCAUCCGGAGCUGCGGAUCCCUGAAAAAUUUCUUCUACCUCGAGUUUAAAUUCGUUUUUCAGGCUGGAAGGUCGAGCCUAAUCGGAGCUGGCGAACUCUGGAUGGACUGCGAGGAUGGUAACAUCGCGCAGAACGUCCACCAAACGGUCAUCCAGAAAUGUUCGAAGCUUAAGAAGUUGUCUGACGCAAUGUCUCUGUUCAACUCGAUGUCAGCGAACAGCAGCAGCAGUCGCGAAGAGCUCGCGCCGAAGAGCAGGAACAGAUCGAGUUCGGCAACCGAAUCCUCGAAGCCUAACGCGAUGCCGCGAAGGCAGACCACCUCGGGAGCCCCGAAACCGAACAUCUAUCAGCAAGCUGGGAAUAGUAAUAAUGUGGCUUGGCCGGGAACAGUGAGCCAUCAACGCACACGUUCACUGCCUCUAGCUCAUCCCGCACCUCUCAAUACUGAAACUACCACCACAACCAUCACCAACACCACAACCUUUAAUCCUGUGCGAACUGCCGCCAAACGCUCGACAAAUCAAUCCUCCAAAUGUAUGUAUCAUUUCAUUCACUCUCUCUCAUUCAUUCUUAUGGUUAUUUAUAUCUCUCUCUCUGAAUUAACACUCUAUACCAGUGGUUCUUAACCUUUUAGUAGCAGC